AGCGUGAGAGGCUCCACGCACGGGCGAGCAGCGUGCGGUGACCGUCACUGAGUUGUGCAGCGUGCAGCAGCGUUAUCAAUACGGAAACCUGGACUGCUUCCUUAGAAAGGGCUCUCCAGCAGAGGGCACAGGGAAAUUUGAUGCAGGCCCUGCACGUCCACCCUGUCGGCGCACUGUAUCUGCUGUGCGAGUAACGCCUUUGAGGAUCAUGAAGAGUUCACCUGAUCUCAUGCCUACUGAAUUGGACCCUACCCGUGUUUGCAAGGGCAAGGGUGCUGUUACUUUGAGGGCCACCCUAGUGCACAUCGAUGAUGAGGACGGCACGGGCCAAGAGCUGUCCAUGAACUCUGCCAAAAGUGGAUGGCUUGGUGCGGUCAAUGGAGAUGCCACAGAAACAAGUCUGGCUGAGAGAAGUGUAAACAACACCGGAGCUGAUUUAAAUUCAACUCAAGUCAAUGAGACACCAACAAAGGUGGACUCACCUGUAAGUGAGAGUCAGUCUCAGCUCACAUCCUGCCUUGAUCAACCGCGUACUAUUACAUCAUCGGCCAAAGUGUCCUCUUCAUAUCCCCCCACCAGCAGUGUGAACCCAACAAUCGUCUUGCUGCAGCGCAGCAGAGAAGCUUUUGCGGAGCAGGGCAUUGGCCCUAAUCGGAGCCCUGCCAUCAGCCAGAAUAGAUCUUCCUCUGAGAGUCCAGCAAACAUGGAAGGAAAGACAAUGAGACUGUCUGAAUAUUCAGCUGUCCAGGCACCCAGAGUCCCAGUACGGAACACAGAGCUAUCAAAGGACUGGUAUAGAAAUAUGUUCAAACAGAUUCACAAAGUCCCAGAGCCUGUCGAAGAAAAUCCAUACCGUCCCACCUACAUAUUUCCAGAGAGCAAUGACAGGCCAUUGAGAACCAGAGAUGACAGGCCGACACAUGGUGUUGAGGAUGUGCGGCCAGUCCCUCGCUCCAAGAGUGCAGUAGACAUGGGAAGCUCAAGAGGACAGCUGCCUGUGCCAACACGCACAUCUUCCCUAAAACCUCAGAGGAAUGAGUGGGAGCCCCCUGACAAGAAAGUAGACACCAGGAAGUACCGCGCCGAGCCCAAGAGCAUAUUUGAGUACGAGCCAGGAAAGUCUUCAGUGCUGAAGCUGGAGAGACCGACUCAGGACUUAAGUCCAGAAGAUGUAGAUUUAGAGAAUGAGCCUUGGUAUAGGUUCUUUUCUGAGAUGGAUUUUGGCAAAGCGAGUGCCCCCUCUUUCAGCCCAUUGGAAACAUCUUCCGACCUACAGCAAUACUCAACCUGUAAAGCAGGCGACAGUGAAGCAGAGAAGGACAGCUUGUCUGCCAGUGGGCAGGCAGCUUCAGAAUGUGAUCGGCACGUUUACAAGAGUGUCCUGGAGGGCGGCGACAUCCCACUGCAGGGCCUGAGAGCGUUAAACAAGCGCCAUCCCAGCACUUCUUCUAAAGUGGAUUAUAAAGGUGGGAAUGGCUGUAUGAUUUCACCCUGCUCUUCUGUAAAUACUCACUCAGUUCUUGCCACUAAUGCACUAGCUUCUCAAUAUAAGACUAAAAAGUCCUUGUCCGCCGCCAAAGCCUGCAUCCCUCAAAUCCUUCCCUCCAAGUUUAAGCCCAAGCUAUCACCCUCUACCGAUGAGAGCCUGGAAAGACGGACCGAGCCUACACAACAGCGGCCCAAAGCACACAGCUGUGAGGAUCUGCAUCCGAAGGUCUGUGGCUCACAAAAUGGAGAUACGCAGGAUGCCGAUCACAGGUUAAAUUCAGCUUGCAUGGGUAAUGGUUCACCUGAGAGCAGGAACCUUCAUAAAAAUGGACCUGUUAUGGGAUCUGUGAGGAGCACAGCUGAGUUCUCUGCCCUCUAUCGAAACAUGCACAAAAUUCAGAGGCCGAGCUCCUUGGGCUCUAGCCCCCACGGUAGUGUCCGCUGCCUGGCUUCCUUUUUUGAGAAACCGGGGGACGACAUUACCCUGGAGAGGACUGAGAUCAUCCCCCGGGAUUCUGUUACUUUUCGGGUGAUGGAGUUUGAGCGUAUCAUUCAGCGUUCGAACUGCGCGCCCACUCGCUCCGCCUCGAUGCCCAUUCUCCCUAGUAACCCAAGCCCUUCCCACAGCCCUGUGCCGACCUGCUUUCUCCAGUCUGCUCUGUCAGCUGAGACUCUAGUCAUACCAGAGCCCGCACAUACUGAGGACUGUCCAACCAUGAAUACAGAGGCCCAAACACCCAACGAGGAAGCUUCUGUGUCAGACGAGUGCCUGAACACCUCAAGAAAAUUGGAAAACGAGGGCAAAUCGGAGGAGAAAAACAGUUGCAUUCAUGAUGCUGCCAAAGAGACGCCCUCCAGCAGUACCUCAGAACCCACAGGUCACCAUCACCAUGAUCACUUCCCCUUCCACACCAAACAAAGCAAGUGUAAAGGCACCUGCCCCGCUUCCUACACACGUUUCACCACAAUCCUCAGGCACGAGCGGCAACAGGCCAACACCCUGCAGGAGAAGAGGUGUGCUCCCCCAAGAAACUUGCUUCUGAUGGGACCAGCCCCUUUCUCCUUACGGAGGUCGCUACACAGUCAACAGGCCAAAAAGACUAGCACUCUUUCCGCCAUGAAGCCCAUGGCCGGAGACCUCUUCUCGGCCAGGCCAAAGCCUGUGAUUCCUCAACGGCUGUCCUCUUUGGAAGUGCUGGAGAGGCUCAGUAACGGAGAGAGCUCUCCCUGUGAGGGGUGCAACUCGGAUGACCUCAUGGAUGUGGAGGGCUCAGAAGCCAGUAAAGAUCACUCUGAAGACUCCGAAUCCUCACAUCCAUUAAGCCAGGGAGACCAUGGAGAGAACACAGACGAGGCUGUCCGGAAACGCUAUGGAGAUAAAGAGAAAAUUCUGGAAGAGCAGAGACGGUUAAAGCGAGAACAGGAAGAGGCAGAUACAGCUGCUCGGAGACACGCUGGGCUGGUUGUGACUCAUCAGCAGUUCAUUACGAAUGAUCGCUUUGGCGACCUGCUGGUUAUUAAUGAGAAAGAGAAGAGAAAAACCAUAGAGAGAACUCCUGCUCUGGCACGAUUUGACUUCAGAGCAGAAAGUUUAAAGGAACUACCAUUUCAAAAGGGAGAUAUUGUAUACAUCUACCGGCAAGUUGAUCAGAACUGGUUUGAGGGAGAGCAUCAUGGGAGAGUUGGAAUAUUUCCACGCAGCUACGUUGAGCUCUUGCCGCCAACAGAAAAGGCUCAGCCCCAAAAAAGUGCUCCAGUCCAGGUGUUGGAAUAUGGAGAGGCUAUUGCUCGAUUUAAUUUCACUGGUGACACUGCUGUUGAAAUGUCUUUCAGAAAGGGGGAGCGAAUAACACUAAUUCGCAGAGUAGAUGAGAACUGGUAUGAAGGCAAAAUUUCUGGCACUAACCGGCAGGGCAUCUUCCCGGUCACCUAUAUAGAGGUGCACAAGAGACCCAGAGUGAAGAAUGGAGUGGACUACCCUGAUCCCCCUAUCAGCCAAUCACCUCAUCGGAGCACUAAUGCCUCUCCACAGCCCAUUCGUAAUCGGCUCACCACCUCCCCUCUCCCUCUCCCCCGGUCUCCCCGCCGCUCAAUCUCUCCCGAGGUCCAUGCAAUCUCCAACGAGUGGAUUUCUCUCACUGUGGGCGGAGUCAGCAGCAGCCCCCCAGCCGCACCCACUCCGCCCCUCCCCCCUCUGCCAAGCACUUCAUACCGCUUAGGCGAAUAUCUGCCCCCUUCCAUGUCAGCCAGUCCUGUGCCUCCCAUCAGCGGCAGCCCCUACUGCAUCUCCCCCAUGGCUUCUCCCUCCUCGUCUCCUUUACCCCCACCCUAUCCACCCCGCCCCUGCUCGGCCACCCCGUUCCUCACCUUCACUCCACCUCAAGGCGAGGACUUCCUUCUUUCUCCACCAUCUCCCCGCCUCUCCCGCAGCCUGAGUCCCUGUGGGGGUGCUGGGCUUGAGGGUUGGCUUACUAGGGGCAACAGGCUGGAUCAAGAGUUUCAGGAAGGGGAUGGGGCUGAAAUAGACAGGGCUGGAAGCCUUCGCAAGGCUCCUUACAGCAGGAACAAUAGCCCAGCAGAGCCAUUAAGAAAUGAUGUAGAAUAUUACGGGCGAUCUUCAAGAAGUCCUGUCAUGCUGUUUGACAUCCAAGACAACAACAUGAAUGCCAAUUCAUUCACGGAGGCAGUGUGUAAUGAGAUCAUGAAUAUUGCAGAGACCUCAGUGAGGUACUGCAGCACUUUGUCACGCCCUAUAGACUCCGCCCACCGACUCCUGCCUCCUCCCAGUAAACACUCUCUCAUCAUUUCCCAGCAACCCCUGUCCCAGAGCAGCAGUCCUGAGCCUGGACGCAUGAGCUGUGGGAUAUUUCAGGCUCUGUACAAUUAUAUGCCUCAGAAUGACGACGAGCUGGAGCUACAGGAAGGAGACUUGGUCAAUGUCAUGGAGAAAUGUGAUGAUGGCUGGUUUGUGGGUACAUCUAAGAGGACGAAACAGUUCGGAACGUUCCCGGGAAAUUAUGUAAAAGCUGUUAAUUUGUGACAUGAUACAGUUAUGAAGAGAUUCUAGCACUAUGCUUAAGCAGCCUGACCUGUUUGGGACACUCUACCUGUUGACAUCAAAUGAAGACUUUUCCUCCCCUCCAAAAUUUGCUCUUUCCGAGAUGAAUGUCCAGGUAUGUGAUCAGUAAGGUGUGCGGCAUGUCAGCGAAGAACAUGCAGUUCAACUGUACUACAGUGGCAGCAUUUAUUGAAUCACUGAAGGAACAAUGAAGGUCUUUACCAGUUUUUUUCACAUUGUUUUUGCUUUUUGAAAAUGCUCAGAUUCAGCUAAAAGCCAUUAAUAUAAAAUAUCAGACUGGGAAAAGGUGUUUAAGUUUACAGCUGCGAAUUGUACUUUAGUACAGCGCAAAAUACUUUAACUUCAUCACAUACCUGACAUUACUGAAAAACAUGAAAUUCUACAAUUUAUUUUUGCUAUGGACUUUCAGUGUGGCCGUAAGAGACGACAGUUUAUUGAAAGCACCAGAAGGUGUCUGUGUUAAGGGUUACAGGUCUGAGAAACUGUGAAAGGAUCCUAGAAGUUAGGUUUAGCCAUUUUAAAAAGUGUUUAUAUUACCAUUUACACUCCCAUUACAUUUAAAAAUGAAAUUCUGAUUUAUGGAAUACUCUUAUAAAGAGUAUGAUUUCAGUUUCUAUUUCAAUGAGACAGCAACAUUAGUAUUUGCAAAGCCAUUUGUAGACAUCAAAAUGAUGUAAAUGUUGAGGUUAGUGUUAG